AUGUCCCUGCAGAGGCUUUCUUACGAGACUAUAAGAGACACAAGUGGCCCAUACGAUGGUGCUGCUACUCCUGCCGAUGGAUCUCCUUGUUUAAUUAGAGCGAAGCCGAGAACGGCGGUGGCGGUAACGUUGGCAACGGCUGCAGUAGCAACCCUUAGCGGCCUUGCACUCGUUCAGGUGUUCGGCGCAGGCUCCGACGUUGCUGCUGCUGCCGCUGGAAGCGCGUCAACUGGGUGGCAGGAACGGCAGCCACUGGCGGGCCCAACCCUGACGGCCUUCUCGGAGAACCUCAAGUCUCCGGAGAACCGGUUCUCCAAGGACGGCGAGCUCCGAACCACCCUGCGCAUCGCGCCCACCGUCGCGAAGGCAGGCCCGCUGGCGCCGCCCCUCAACGUCCGGGCCUACGAGGGGUCGGUACCGGGGCCCACGCUCAGGGUCAAGCCCGGCGACAGGCUGGUGGGCAAGGUGGAGGCCUGGCCGAACGUGACGAAUUUGCACGUGCACGGGCUGCACGUGUCGCCGUCCGGGGUCAGCGACAACAUCUACCGACGAGCGAAUCCCGGUGAUAGCUUGGAGUACGUGUACGAUCUCCCUCCCGACCACUAUCCGGGCACCUUCUACUACCAUCCGCACUUCGAGGGAUCUAGCUCCAUGCAGACGCUGGGUGGCAUGUCAGGAGCUUUAGUCGUUGAGGAUCCCGAAGGGACCCUUCCUCCUGACAUCGAAGCCAUGCGGGAGGUCGUGAUGGUUUUGCAGGAGACCAACAUUGAGUCAGGUUAA